AUUUGAUGAAAUUACAGGCAACCUUCGACCAAUAAUUCGUCCUUUCUGUUUUGCAUUUCCGCCCUUGGGCCAUCGCAGAUCAUUUUCUCGCCCCCAGACUAAGAUCACUCAUCUUCUUACACACUAACUAGACGUCUGCUCGACAAUCUAUCUCGUCCCUCCGCAUUCGAGAGGGACAUGGGCGAUGCAGACUAGAUCCGUCGCUGCUUUUCCGCAAUCUCCGAGAGUCCGAAUCAACCUCCCUGCGAUCAGUCGUUGACUGAAGGGAAAUGGCGCAGGAUGCGCGCGAUUCCAGCUUUCCGCCUCCUCCAGAACCUGAGAGUUAUUUUGACGAAAAGCUACUGAAUGCCCCUGUCGCUGCAGACUGGGCACCACGAACGUCUGACCUUUCGCAAACCGGACCGAACGGUGACGCGCGGUCCGUUGAACCUUUUCGCAGCGGCAUCUCGGAUCCGUCAGCAAGUGCGUCGCGGACUCCAGAAGAGUGUACUGUUGGUGUAGGAGGGAUUGAUGGUCAGCGCGAUAAAGAGAGGAAGAUACGUACUCUGCCAGCAUGGAUUCGAUCGGUUGACCAUAACGACGACGAAGAUGUAAGUGACGCUGCCGUCACUGAUCGGCUUCUCCCUUCGCAGCCCGAUGAUGCUAUUGUUGCUCAACAUAACCACUCGCCUUAUUCGACUUCGAGGCCGGACCGCGGUGAUCAUAGAGGGGACGAAGAGUCGGGCGAACGGGAAGUGUCACCACGUCGCGAAUCGCGCUGGAAAACCUUCUCCAGGGCUAUUGCAUAUCCCCGUCCAGAUGGUGUUGAGGAAAAGCUCGUGACGCCAGAUUGGAUGGAUGAGAACCAUGGCGAUUACACCCAGCCAUGGCGAGGAAGGCUGGAGCAACCCGAAGAUUCAGAAGAUCCUCUCAGGAGGAAGCGACGCAGAGAAAUCUGGUUCAGGCGUUUCCACACCACUCUUUUGAGGAGUCCUAUAGUGCCUUUGAUUUUCCGGCUGACAGUGUGGUUCUUUUCCCUCACGGCUCUCGCCCUGGGAGGGUCUAUCCAGCAUCUGUCUAACAAAGAUCAACACCCGCAGGGUCCAUCUGCCCUGAUGGCCAUCGUUGUUGAUGCGGUGGCUUUGGUUUACCUGGUUUAUAUCACAUUCGACGAAUACACAUCUAAGCCGCUAGGCCUCCGCUCUGCAUCGGCCAAGGCUCGGCUUAUCCUCUUGGAUAUCAUCUUCAUUGUUUUCGAUUCUGCCAAUCUAAGCUUGGCAUUUGAAUCGUUAUCCACCGUGCAGGGAUCUUGUACGCUGGCUGAAGUCAACCAGGAAAUUACCCCGAAGAACGACAAGAUCUGUGAUCGGCAAAAGGCCCUCGCCUCUGUCUUACUAGUUGCUUUGCUGGCUUGGCUUAUGACGUUUUCCGUCAGUGUUCUCAGACUUGUCGAACGGGUUACUAAGUGAAGUCUCGGUUUCACUAUACAUACCUUGCGCUAUGUUUUGCUUACAUCUUUGAAUUAUUUCUGCUCGUCACUGAAGACCGUUUUGUUUCAUGGCAUAAUUUUUCUUGUUUUGAUUUUCUCGCUCGAGUGCUUUAUGCUUCAUC